AUGAAGGCCCAGGACUGGAUUAUUGUCACCUGCUGCCUUUGUGGCCUGGGCGCAAUGACAGGUGCAACCGAAAUGGAAGAUAAGCUGAUGAAGAAACUGUUUUCUGCAUACAACAGUAAAGUUCGGCCUGCAAGGAACCCAGAAGAAAGGGUUGUUGUGAGGAUAGGCAUGAUACUUUCAUCGUUCGUCAGCCUGAACAUGAAAGAUGAGGAGAUGAACACCAUUGUUAUGAUGAACUUGGAGUGGAAUGAUUAUCGCCUCUCCUGGAAUCCCAAAGAUUAUGGAGGAGUUGAUGUAUUGCGGAUCUCUUCAGGAAAAGUGUGGCUUCCUGAUAUUGUUCUCAUCAACAAUAAUGAUGGCGUGUUCGGUGUGGCGCUACAGGUCCAUGUGCAGGCCUACAGUAACGGCCGCGUGACAUGGACUCCACCAGCUCUUUACAAGAGUUCGUGCGGAGUGAAGGUGACAUACUUUCCUUUUGACUGGCAAAAUUGUACCAUGGUUUUCCGCUCCUAUACAUAUGAUUCUUCAGAAGUGGAUCUUCAACAUGCCCUGGAUAAAAGGGGAAAGGAAAUAAAAGAGAUCAUCUUGGACACAGGCUUUAGCGAGAGUGGAGAAUGGCACAUUCGUCACAAAGUUUCUAGAAAGAAUGUUCGAGAGGAUCUGUAUGAGGACAUCACCUUCUACCUGAUCAUUGAGAGGAAGCCCAUGUUUUAUGUUGUUAACAUCGUCCUACCCUGUAUCCUGAUCACCAUCAUUGCCAUCUUUAAUUUCUACUUGCCACCCGAUGCAGGGGAGAAGAUGGGUCUUUCCAUCAAUGUACUGCUGACUUUGACUGUCUUUCUGCUUCUGCUGGCCAACAAAAUCCCAGAAACAUCUCUGGGUGUUCCUAUUAUUGUCAACUACCUGAUGAUAACCAUGAUCCUGGUCACCUUUUCUGUCAUCCUCAGUGUCGUGGUGCUCAACCUUCACCAUCGCUCACCAAACACACACCAAAUGCCCCUCUGGGUGCGCAAGAUAUUUAUCCAUAUGCUGCCUCCAUACUUGGGAAUGCUGCGACCUAAAGUGGAGACCCCUCUGUUUCUUGAAAAACCUGCCAAAAAGGAGAACAUUCAAGCCAUCAGCAGAGUAGCAGACGAGUACUUCAUCCGCAAGCCCAGCAACAUGAACUUCCUCUUCCCUAAACCCCACAGAUACCAGCCUGACGGUCAGUGCACCGACCUGAGGAAGUUCAUCGACGGCCCGAGUCAUUACCUCACUCUUCCUCCAGAACUCAAGACUGCCGUGGAGGCCAUCACUUACAUCGCAGAGCAGCUCCAGGCCGAGAAAGAUUAUGAGGCUUUGAAGGAGGACUGGCAGUAUGUUGCUAUGGUGGCCGACAGACUGUUCCUCUGGAUUUUUGUGAUUUUUACCACUCUUGGGACGCUGGGAAUUUUUACUGAUGCCAGCUUCAAUGCCACACCAACUGACCCAUUUCCCUAA